UAUACCGCACAUGCGCAGGUAUUACUCAUGAAUUGUAAUUCUUUCCGGUAUGAACAGUAUUCAGGAGUUAAUAAAUUGUCAUAUUCCGCGACAGCUUGUUUUCAUUUUGUCGUGCGAUUGAAAUUAAGCACAGCUUUUACAAAAGUUUUUCAAGGUUCGUUUUUUCACAUUAUCACUGCACCAUAUGGAUUUUUAAUAACAAUAUCUGUGCUUUUCAUACAAUAUAGAAUGUGGAUAAAUUAUUAUUGUGUAGCAACAUUGCUACUGCUAGGGUAUCACUCCGUGACCUUUGUUACUGCAACCAUAUCAUGUACAUAUGGCAGCGGUGAAGCUGUGUGUUUUGUUAACUAUGGUCCAAGCGAUGGCUCGCCCAUUACAUGGAGCGCCGAUACCGCCUUGGCAGGAGCAAAAAUCAAUCUACCUGAUGUGACAGUACUGCGAAUUCUGAACAAUGCCACCAGUGAGCAGCCGGAAGCUGGCCACCGACUACAGCUACAAGAUGCCGCAUUCAGCGGAUUAACGAAUCUACGACAGUUGCAUUUAUUUAAAUUUAACAACGUACAGAUUACCGGGAAAGCUCUGGCCAGUAUCGGCAGUAUAACCGUCCUCAAUCUGACCCGAGUACUGUAUGGAGACUUUUUUAAUCCAUAUUGGAAUGACGUCGUGUCAUAUACGAAUGCUUCGGCCGAAUUAAGGGAGCUGUACAUACAUAACUGUGAUCAGAGUACUUUUAAUAAUGGACUGGGAUUGCUGGAACUGGGAACCAACGGCGAUAAACUUCGAAAAUUGUCUCUAGCCCACAAUAAAAUCUGCUUUUUUGCGCCUUUGCAAAAAGCGUUGAACGAGCUGGAAUACUUAGAUCUACACGAUAAUCGUUGUGGGGGUAGCUUUUCGAUCACUCCUGGAUUUUUAACGAAAUUCCCUAAACUCCAGUAUUUGGACGUAUCAAAAACGGAUUUUCCGGGUAUCGGUCUUGACGAGUGGGUCACCAAACCGACCGUCAAUGUAAUCCGCAUUCUCAAAGCCGCCGAAUGCAACAUUAGAUCUCUCCUGGUUAACCAAUUUGACGCAUUCAGAAGCUUAACCCAUCUCGAUCUGUCCAGGAACAAAGCCCUAGUCGCCAUCUCCAGCAACGCUUUUGCCAAUCUCCGACUAGAUACCCUCAACCUAUCCGGGAAUCCAAACAUGAUUUUUAGCGGGCAAGGUGAGGUGUUCGCUAACACCACGGUGCGUAAUCUGGACUUGUCGCUAAGUUCCCAAGACGCGAAGAUAACGCAAACGUUAUGGGACUACAACAUCACCGCUCCACUGCGGCCGGAACUGGUGGUGCUCAAUAUGAGCGGUCGAAUAAUUCCUGAUGGACGCUACAUUGCUCUGGCUAGAUAUCCCAAUUUAGAGGUCGCUGUUUUAUCCCGGAUGAGCCUGAAAUCAGAGACACUGAUGUACCCAAUCAGCAAUAGGGACAUCGGUAACAAACUGCGAAUCCUUGACCUUUCUGACAACAAACUCACGGCUUUUCCUAACGACACCGGGGCCGCCUUCCAGAGAUUAUGGAAUAAGGAUACCAAGAUGGAGAAGCUGCUGUUGCACAAUAAUCCUCUCCAGUGUAAAGCCUGCGGGAACGUGUAUUUGAUGCGCUGGAUUGCCAAUGACAGUGACUGUCGGGAUAGAGCCAAGAGUGUCCUGUGUUUAGUGUUGCCCGGGAUGACGACAUCCGACUGCCCAACGUGCUUGGACAACGGUGUAUCCAGACCGAUUAAUCAGUUGAGCGUUCGCGAUUUCGACAUGUGUGCCGGGGAAAAGUGCACAACACCAAAGAACAGUGCGAUGAGUUUGGCAUCGAGUGUCUUUAUCCAUAUAAUACUUAGUUCUCUCCUGGUAUUGUAUUCCCGCUAAUUUUUUAUUGAGCAGUUUCUAAAGACAAAAAAGUAAUGAUUUCCAGAAGCCUUUUAUGUCUUCAUUUCGCACCACGCAAUGACCUUAUUAGAGAAACCAAUGUUACUGUAACUACUUAUAAAAAUUUUAAACCGACAUUAUAACCAGUUAUUGUUUUAUAUAAUUACCAUGUUGAUACUAACAAUACUGUAUGGAUGUCUUUAUUCCUUGUAUUUUGUUAGUAAAUGCAAGUAUAUUGAUUGGUUUAAGAAUGUCUUGGCAGGAAAGGAAAAAAAAUAAACGCUUUA